GUACUCAACAAAAAAUGCAACAGCAACUGCAACUGCAUCUGCACAUGCAACUACAAAUGCCACGCCAACUAAAAAUGCAAAAUCAAAUGCACCAGCAGUAGCACAUUUAUCAGCAGCUACACUUGCUGGUGCAACUGCAACUAGACUUGCGCUAGCAACAGCUAAUGUAACAGCAACAGACAACGCAUUAGCAAAUGCAGGACAUAAAACUGCCAAUGUUAAUGCAGCAGGAAAGGCAACUGUAGCAGCACAUUCGAUUGCAAGUACGCGAGCAACUUUUACUGCAAAUGCAACUGCAACUGCUUUUGCAACUGUAAAUACUGCUGCUACUGCAAAAGCAACAGCACUUAAAAGUAGAAAUACAUCUGCAACUGCAACUGCAAAUGCAAAUGCAAUUCCCAAUAAAACAUAUAAGGCAGCUUCACUGCACAUACAACUGCAAAUGCCACUGCUACUGCUCAUGCAACUACACAUUGAACUGAAUUUGCAAAUGCAUAUGCUUCUUGACUUAUAUUUCCAACAGCAAAUGCAAAUAAAAAUGGAAUUUUACAUUCACCUGCCACGGAGUCUGCUACUUCACAUGCAACUGCAACAGCUCAACACCUGCAACGCUGCUACUGCCACAGGAACUUUUAUUGCAACUGCAACUUUAAAUGCAAAUGAAAAUGCAAAAACAACUGCCAUUCUCACUGCAAUUUUACCUGCAGAUGCCACUGCAACUGCACAUGCCAUUGUAACUGCUACUGCAGCUGCACAUUUAUUUGCAACAACAAAUUCACGCUUAACAAAAAUUGCAAAUAAAACGAAAAUUGCAAAUGCAACGGAAAUUGCUAAUAAUACUAAAAAUGAUACUGCAGCUGCAUAUACAAAUUUACUUAAAACUGCAACAGCAGAAGUAACAGCAUAUGCUACAAAAGCUGCACAUAAAGAAGCCACUGCAACAGACGAUUCCACUUCCUCUAGAGCUGUUUAUAAACAUGCAACAGCUACUGCACUAGCUAAUAUUUUUUUAUAUGCUACUACAUCAGCACAGGCAACUGCACUGCAAAUGUAA